CAGAUAACAAUGAGAUGUUUGGAUAAACAAAACGAUGUUUCGAUAAUAUGUCAUCAAGUUACUUUAUGAUUAGAAAAACAUUUUCUGCUGGAGCUUGAUCCAUAUAGUUUUCUAGAAUGGACUUGGCCGUCAAGUGGAUUACGAGCCCCGUUAAAAUCACUUGUCAAGUGGCUACUGGCAAUUUCUCAGGUGCUAACGAAACGACCAAGGACCUUGUUGUUUCGACACCGGUCAUCUCUCACGCAGCAGCUGGAGUCGUCAAACUGUGUGGAGAAGAUGAAGCUGCCUCUCAGUUGUGGAGCAACAGCAACAAGAAUUUGAAUCACAUUACAAAUUCUAUUCCUGUUGUCGGCCACGCCAAAGGACUGGUGCAUUACGCCUGUGAUGAUCCUAAAGGUGGAAACGAAGCCAUGACAACAGCCAACAAUUCCACAGCAGCCAUUGGAAAUUGCGUCGGAGAACUUUUGUCCGUCGUCCCCAAAACAGGUGUGGCUUUAGUGACGAUUGCUGCGGAAACGGGAACCAAUAUUGUGGAAACCAUUCAUCCCAAUUCUGCUUCGUGGGACACUUGGGAAAAUGAUCAAUGAUCUAAUCCAAGAGAAAAAAGAAAAACUGACUGAACCGAUUGAACUGAUUACAGUAGCCCCCGUUGAUUACAACUUGAUUCAUUUUAUUCAAAAUAGCCAUUUUGGUUGGGUUUCCGUCUACGCUGUUUAAUCAAUUUAAAUAAAAAUAUAAAAAGCUAUAAAAAAAAGCAUAUUAAUAAAAUUUAAAGAACAAACUUGGCAGAUGUGCAUGUGCUAAAAAUUUUGCAAUUAAAAAAGAUUCGUUCGACUUGACAUCCCUGUCGAGAAGUAGACGAAAACAUUCUUUUCGUUUGUCCAGUUUGUCCGAUUCUUUCGUGCAGGCAGUGUUGUUAAACUUGUUAUCACUUUUCGAGUGAUUCGUACUGGUAGUGCACGAAAUUUGGAAAGUAGUUUCUAUCCGACUCAGUUUCCCUUUUUAUUAAAGCGAAAUGGAUGAGUAUGCAACGUACAGAAACCCUCUGUCAUCUCGCUAUGCCUCCGGCCAAAUGUCUUACAAUUUUAGCGACAGGAAAAAGUUUGCCACUUGGAGGAAACUGUGGGUCUAUCUCGCCAAAGCAUCCAAAGAUUUAGGUCUAGAUGUUACUGAUGUUCAGGUAGCUGAAAUGGAAUCCCACGCUGAUGAUGUUGACAUCAAAGCUGCAGAUGCAGAAGAAAGAAAGAUAAAGCACGAUGUCAUGGCUCAUCUUCAUGUUUAUGCAUUGCAGUGCCCCACAGCAAGCCCAAUCAUCCAUUUGGGUGCGACUUCAUGCUAUGUGGGAGACAAUACAGAUUUAAUUGUCAUCAAGGAUGGACUUGAUAUUCUCCUCCCUAAAAUAGCCCAGAGCAUUAGCAGAUUGUCAAAAUUUGCUGAAGAAUACAAAUCAAUGCCUACGCUAGGAUUUACACAUCUUCAGGCAGCACAGCUGACUACUGUUGGGAAAAGGGCAUGUCUCUGGAUUCAAGAUCUACUCAUGGACGAAAAGGCCAUUCGUGGUGUACGAGACAAUCUCAGAUUUCGUGGAGUCAAGGGAACAACCGGAACGCAAGCGUCUUUCCUUCAGUUAUUUCAAGGGGACCAUGAAAAAGUUAAACGGCUAGAUCGAUUAGUGACAGAAAUGGCCGGAUUCAACCGGUCGUUUAUCAUUUGUGGGCAGACAUACACAAGGAAACUUGAUAUAGAAUGCGUCUCUGCUUUGAGCAGUUUGGCUGCGUCAAUUCACAAGAUGUGCACUGAUAUACGCCUGUUAGCUUCGAGGAAAGAAAUGGAAGAGCCUUUUGAGAAGUCACAAGUUGGCUCAAGUGCCAUGCCUUACAAAAGAAACCCAAUGAGAUCAGAGCGUUGUUGCUCUCUUGCCCGGCAUUUAAUUACACUUGCGGCCAAUCCGUUCCAUACUGCGGCUAACCAGUGGAUGGAGCGUACUUUGGACGAUAGCGCCAAUAGAAGAAUUACCUUAGCAGAGGCCUUCCUAACUGCUGAUGCUCUGUUGCAAAUGGUCCAGAACAUUUCCGAAGGACUUGUCGUCUAUCCUAAGGUAAUCGAGCGAUACAUCCAACAAGAACUUCCGUUCAUGGCAACGGAAAAUGUAAUCGUGGCGAUGGUCAAAGCGGGCGGAGAUCGUCAGGAAUGUCACGAGCAAAUCCGAGUUUUAAGCCAGCAAGCCGGAAACGUGGUGAAACAGGAAGGAGGCGAUAAUGAUUUAGUUCAACGCAUCGCUCAGUGCAGUUACUUUCAACCGAUCCAUGAUCAAAUACAGGGUUUGCUAGACCCGGCCACUUUCAUCGGUAGGGCUCCGCAGCAAGUAGAUGAAUUUUUGCAAGAGGAAGUAGCCCCCGUUCUGGCCAUGUACCCAGGUUUGACUAGUAACGCUGUUGAAUUUAAAGUCUGAUUAAAUAAUAGCACAACAUCUGGCUCAAUUGCUUGGUUUAGAUUGUUACAAUUGAAUUUGCAAUAUAUAAAUUUAAUGAAAAAGGAAGAAACACACAAAACAAAUUAAUUUCUGUAGUUUCAUAUAUUUCAUUUUCACUGACUUUCUUCAGAUAGAGAAAUUUACAAAAUUUGCCGUUUUGAGUUUCAAUAAAAAGGCCUCAAAAGCUC